UAAAAGGUGGUGUGUAGCAGACAGCAGCACAUAGUGCCAGUUUUGCCAGGAUAUACAAGCAAGCUAGUGGUUCAGUUUAGCUUGUGUUAGUUAGCAGGUGUAGUUUUCUAGCAGCUAGGCUAGCUUUAGACACUGCCAACACAUCAGUGGCUAUGGCUUUUGGCUUUUUCCUUAGUGUGACCUUUCUCCUGUCUGUGUGGACAACUGCAAAAUGUGAUCAUAUUCCCAAUGAAGGUCUUCAUAUGGAGUGUCGUGAUCGUUACUUCAUGAUAGCCGUUGAGCUCUUCAAUGAGAAUGAACUUUCCUUUGAGGCUGUUGAUGAGACCGGUGUGUACCCCAUCACUGAGCAGUAUGCAGCCAAGUGUGGCUACAGUUUCAAUGUUUUCCCUCCAUUGGAACAUGUGGAACUCCGAGCCUCUUACUUCAGCUGCCACACGGACAACAAGGAGGAUGAAGUGUUCACAUUCAACUUCAACCUGAUUAUGACACACAAAGGAAAGGAAAUCGCCUAUACUUUGAACAAGACCUGUUCUCCCUCUCUCCCCUGGUCUCCCAGAGAGGUUACCUGUGAGGUCAACUACAUGGAAGUGUCUGUGAGGAGUGAUGUGGCCUGUCCAACUGGGACAAAGAAGGAUGACUGGGAUGCUGUUGUCAAAACGGCCUAUGCCUCAGCCACUUCAGAUUGGCAGGUGAUAUUUCAGAGGGUGCAGCAGGAGCUGAUGCCCAUUAGCCUUAAAACAGCUAAGAAGCAUGGAUAUGCAUUUGACUUGACGGCUGGAAGGCUUGUAUUUCGUGCUCCGUAUGGACAACCGGACUCCUUCAGCACGGAGGUGAAUGGUGUUCCAGUAGAGGUGGUCCAUGCAACACUAUUCUCCAGACAAAGCUGGGUUUUAAUCAUGGUUGACCUGGUGGCUGCUUGCUCCACGCAUAAAGGAUCAUAUGACAACAGCGGCUACAUUAUGUGGGAGACUCCUGAGGUUCCGCAUCCGUUGGUGUCUUUUCUACACAGGAUGCAGGUCAACAUUGGUGUCAAUGGUGAACUUGUGGAGCAGUUGGUUGCAGAGGAGAGAGGCUACAUUGUGAAGCAGCGCAAAUCCACAGUUGAGAUCAGCAUCCCCUAUAAUGCUGAAGGAGGAUACAGGAAGAGCAUUGUGUCUGGGAACCUCUAUGAGUUCUACAUCUUUCAUCUCUACUUGGAGCAAAUCUCAGUGGAUGAGGGUCAUAUUGACAGCAGACUUCGCAUUCACAGGACACUGGCCACUCCCCUGCUGCCAUGCUCAGUUUCUACUGAAGACAGAACAAUUCCUGAGGAGCGCACAUUCACGGUCUACCUCGGCAAUGUCCCUGAAGAUGUCGAGUUGGCUGCGGUUCAUUUGAAUGGACAGGAAUUUAUAGUUCAGUUUACAAAUGAAAGCAUCCACAACAUCACAAAAGUUGUUUCUCCCAACCACACUCAUGGCUACACUCUGAAAGUGCCUUUUGAUGACCCGGUUGUCAUGCAGCAGUUAAUCAAAGAUGCAACCAUGCAGCACAGGCUGGACAUUACCUACACACUGACCGUUCUGCCUGAAAAUGAGCCUUUUUACCAACUAGCGUCAGUGAUGGCAUUAACUGAUGCCUCUCCUCCAGCCUUUGAUGCUGUCUGUUCGGAGUCUGGCAUCAGCUUUAAACUGGACCACCGACCUAUUGACUACCUGUGGGAGAUCUAUAUUGGCUCAGAGCUGCUGACAUCAGAGCUGGCAGCUAAGCACGGCUACAUCAUGAGCAACAACAGCCAGACACUGCUGCUCGAGGUGCCGCUCUUCACUCAUGGCUAUGAGUACAAGGACAUUACUUUGAAGGGCUUCUUCGGCACUUUUGAGCUCCUCAUGCGGGAUCAUGAAACAUUAGAGGGCCAAAAUUCAACUGUGAAGACUUGUCGGUUCUCUGCUACUGAACUCAUUGUGUGUUCAGCUGAUGGUAAUAUAACUGUGGUGGCUGACUUGCCUUCGGUCAUCACAAGUGAAGGAGUUCCCGCUGGAACCAACCUGGUAGACCCAAACUGUGGACCCAACGAGAUGGACAGCUCCAGGGCUCUCUUCUCUUUUCCAGUCAACAGCUGUGGAUCCACAGUCAAGCUUGGCAAGGAGUAUGUGAUGUAUGAAAAUGAGAUUUUCUUCAGCAAGAAGUUGCAUGCUCCUGCUAACUUCAGCAAUGACUUUGACAGGGUGACAAUGCAGUGUACAUAUUCUCUGGCUGGACUGUUGCGUCUCUUCUCAGUAUUCAGGUUUGAGUCUGAUGCAGCUGGUGUCGGCCGUAUUGUGCAUUCUGCACACUCCACUGAAGGUCUACUGAGUCCCACCAUCAAGCCCACUACAGUGCUUCAAACACCAUUGUCCACUCAAAGACGUGUUUCAAUUCAACCUGCUUACCGGCCUUCUGCUCAGUACAUCAAAGUAUCUGGCUUUCCACACAAUGUCUCAAACAACGUAUCUGGCUUUCCAGAGACCAUAUCCAGCUCUCCAAACACUGUCUCAAAGAACAUAUCCAGCUUUCCAAACAAUGUCCCAAAGAACAUAUCCAGCUUUCCAGAGACCGUAUCCAGCUCUCCAAACUAUGUCCCAAAGAACGUGUCCAGCUUUCCAAACGAUGUCCCAAAGAACGUGUCCAGCUUUCCAAACGAUGUCCCAAAGAACGUGUCCAGCUUUCCAAACGAUGUCCCAAAGAACGUGUCCAGCUUUCCAAACGAUGUCCCAAAGAACGUGUCCAGCUUUCCAAACGAUGUCCCAAAGAACGUGUCCAGCUUUCCAAACGAUGUCCCAAAGAACGUGUCCAGCUUUCCAAACGAUGUCCCAAAGAACGUGUCCAGCUUUCCAAACGAUGUCCCAAAGAACGUGUCCAGCUUUCCAAACGAUGUCCCAAAGAACGUGUCCAGCUUUCCAAACGAUGUCUCAAAGAACGUGUCCAGCUUUCCAAACGAUGUCUCAAAGAACGUAUCCAGCUUUCCAGAGAACGUAUCCAUUAAGACUACUAUAGUGCUUCAAAUGCAACGUGCUUACCAGCCUUCUGCUCAGUACAGCGAAGUCGCCUGCUUUCCAAACGAUGUCUCAAAGAAAGUAUCCAGCUUUCUAAAUGAUGUAUCAAAAAAGAUAAUAGAUGUUGUAAAUGAUGUCUCAAAGAAAGUAGCUGGCUUUCUGAACGAUGUCUUGACGACCACAUCUGGCUUUCUAAAUGUUUCACAGUAAGGAGCCAGAGGGUCAUCCGAAGCUAAAGUGACUCCAUAAUUUGGAUUGUGAUUGCAUGGCUUUUAAAUGUAAAGCUCAAUAAAUUGUGUCUUUAAAUGCUCUGGA